AAUUUUUCGUGUAAAUAAAUAUAAGUGGAGCAUAUUAAACGUUAAAAAUAGUCGAAAUGGGCGGCCAUAACGAUAAUCAGAACGGAAACUCCAACGGCCACGAUGAUGAUAUUACUGAGCCGGAGCAUAUGCGUAAACUGUUCAUUGGUGGUCUGGACUACCGCACCACUGAUGAUAACUUGAAGGCGCAUUUCGAGAAAUGGGGACAAAUUGUCGAUGUGGUGGUCAUGAAGGAUCCACGUACCAAGCGGUCGCGUGGUUUUGGGUUCAUCACUUAUUCGCACUCGACCAUGAUUGACGAGGCCCAGAAGGCCCGUCCGCACAAGAUUGACGGACGUGUUGUCGAGCCCAAGCGUGCCGUGCCACGUCAGGAUAUUGAUUCGCCCAAUGCCGGGGCCACCGUCAAGAAGCUGUUUGUCGGCGCCCUCAAGGACGACCAUGAUGAGCAGAGUCUGCGCGACUACUUCCAGCACUUUGGCAGCAUUGUGGACAUCAAUAUUGUCAUGGACAAGGAGACUGGGAAGAAGCGUGGCUUUGCCUUCGUUGAAUUCGAUGACUACGAUCCCGUGGACAAAGUUGUGUUGCAAAAGCAACAUCAGCUGAAUGGCAAAAUGGUGGACGUGAAGAAGGCCCUGCCCAAGCAGAACGAGAUGGGAGGCGGCGGCGGCGGCGGUGGUGGGGGUCGCGGUCAGGGCGGUCGUGGGGGCGGAAGCCGUGGAUCCAACAUGGGCGGCGGUGGCGGCAGCUACGGCAAUCAGAAUGGCGGCGGUAAUUGGAAUGGAGGCGGUAAUUGGGGUGGUAACCGUGGGGGCAAUGAUAACUGGGGCGGCAACAACAACUUUGGCGGCGGCGGCUAUGGAGGCGGCGGCAACAGCGGCUGGGGAGGCAACAACAUGGGUCCCUGGGACAAUGGCAAUGGGGGCAGCAGCUACGGUGGCGGCGGCUCCAAUUGGGGCAACGGCGGUGGGGGCAACGAUUUCGGCGGCUACCAACAGAGCUACAGCGGCGGUCCCCAGCGCGGCGGCAACUUCAACAACAACCGCAUGCAGCCCUACCAAGGAGGCGGAAACUUCGGCAACAAAGCAGGCGGUGGCAACCAAGGCAACUAUGGCGGCAACAAUCAGGGCUUCAAUAGCGGUGGCGGCAACAGCCGCAGAUAUUGA